AUGUCAAAGCGGAGCCCUAAAAAGGACUGCUACCCCAGCGCCCUGGACGUGACAAUCUCGGGAGUGGUCAACGUGGGCGAGGAGUACGCUGACACCGCUGCUAGGGAGCUGCGGGAGGAGAUUGGGGUUCCUGAGGAGGAGGCGCUGCGCACGCUGCAGCAGCUGUUCGUAUUCCCGUACCAGGACUCUGUCUGCCACGUGUGGGGCUGCGCGUUCAGCAUCACAUGGGAUGGGCCCGUCGCCUUCACAGAUGCUGAGGUCGAGUGGGGGCGCUUUGUGGCGCUUCGGGAGGUGCGGGCCCGCCUGGAGGCGGACGCCACUGAGUUCACGCCUGUUGGGCGCCACAUUCUGAGCCUCUACUUAACGAGUCAGCAGGAGGGACGGCCAGGGCAAGGGCAAUAG